CACAGAAGUAUUUUCUAAGAAAGCAGUGAUUCAAGCAGUUGACAGCACUCAAGAUUGUAAAAAUCACCUUUGAUCUUGGGAUUAAAGGUAAAGCUGGAAAAGGAUUUUCAGACAAGAAAAAGAAGACGUUUGGAGUUGGACUCACAGGAUCUGGGCUUGGAAAUGCCUCAGCCUAGUGUAAGCGGAAUGGAUCCGCCUUUCGGGGAUGCCUUUCGAAGCCACACCUUUUCGGAGCAGACUCUGAUGAGCACAGAUCUCUUGGCAAAUAGUUCCGAUCCAGAUUUCAUGUAUGAACUGGAUAGAGAAAUGAGCUACCAACAGAAUCCUCGAGACAACUUCCUUUCUCUAGAGGACUGCAAAGACAUUGAGAACCUGGAGUCUUUCACCGAUGUCCUGGAAAAUGAGGGGACUUUAACUUCCAAUUGGGAGCAAUGGGACACGUACUGUGAGGACUUGACGAAGUACACCAAACUCACCAGCUGUGACAUCUGGGGGACAAAAGAAGUCGAUUAUUUGGGUCUCGAUGACUUUUCCAGCCCUUACCAAGACGAAGAGGUCAUCAGUAAAACUCCAACCUUGGCCCAGCUGAACAGCGAGGACUCGCAGUCCGUCUCCGAUUCCCUUUAUUAUCCCGAUUCGCUCUUCAGUGUCAAACAAAACCCCCUGCCCUCUUCUUUCCCCGGCAAAAAGAUGACCAGCAGAGCCGCGGCCCCUGUGUGUUCUUCAAAGACUCUCCAGACCGAGGUCCCUUUGUCAGACUGUGUCCAAAAGGCAAGCAAGCCUACUUCCAGCACACAAAUCAUGGUGAAGACUCACCUCUAUCACCAUGAAAAGGUGAACUUUCACGUUGAAUGUAAAGACUAUGUAAAAAAGGCAAAAGUCAAAAUCCACGCCGUACAGCACAGCCGGCCCGUGCUGAGCCACACCCCCCCAGACGCGGCCAAGGAGAGCACCUGCUACUGUGGGGGAGUGGCCAGGAGACCAGAGAAGAAAGGGGUGGAGCCUCUCCAGGGCCACGCCACGCCCACUCUGCCUUUCAAAGAAACCCAGGAACUAUUACUCAGUCCCUUACCACAAGAAGGACCUGGGGCUGCUGCCACCGGAGAGGGUAGCAGCCUUUCUGCCAGCACUUUGGUUUCCGAUUCAUCCCAGAAGAAAGAAGAGCACAACUAUUCACUGUUCGUCUCUGACAACUUGGGGGACCAGCCAGCCAAAUGCAGUCCCGAAGACGACGACGAUGACGACGACGAUGUUGAUGACGAGGACCACGAUGAAGGCUUCGGAAGCGAGCACGAACUGUCUGAAAAUGAAGAGGAGGAGGAGGAGGAGGAGGACUACGAAGACGACAAAGAUGAUGAUAUUAGCGACACAUUCUCCGAACCAGGCUAUGAAAAUGACUCUGUAGAAGACCUGAAGGAGAUGACUUCCACCUCCUCCCGGAAGCGAGGGAAAAGAAGAUAUUUCUGGGAGUAUAGUGAGCAGCUUACGCCGUCCCAGCAAGAGAGGAUUCUGAGACCCUCUGAGUGGAGCCGAGAUACACUGCCAAGCAAUAUGUAUCAGAAAAACGGCUCACAUCACGGAAAAUAUGCAGUAAAGAAGUCACGGAGGACUGACGUGGAAGACCUAACUCCAAAUCCUAAAAAACUGCUCCAGAUUGGCAAUGAAUUACGGAAGCUGAACAAGGUGAUUAGCGACCUGACUCCCGUCAGUGAACUCCCCCUAACAGCCCGGCCAAGGUCAAGGAAGGAGAAAAAUAAGCUGGCUUCCAGAGCUUGUCGGUUAAAGAAAAAAGCCCAGUAUGAAGCUAAUAAAGUGAAAUUAUGGGGCCUCAACACUGAAUAUGAUAAUUUAUUGUUUGUAAUCAACUCCAUCAAGCAAGAGAUUGUAAACCGGGUACAGAAUCCAAGAGAGGAGAGAGGACCCAACAUGGGGCAAAAGCUUGAAAUUCUCAUUAAAGAUACUCUUGGCCUCCCAGUUGCUGGGCAAACCUCAGAAUUCGUUAACCAAGUGUUAGAGAAGACGGCAGAAGGCAACCCCACCGGUGGCCUGGUGGGACUGCGAAUACCAGCAUCAAAAGUGUAGCCAGCCCUACUGGACCACUGGUCAGAAGUGUCUGUCUCUUUGUUUUUCUCACGUUAUCCAUUGUAUAUUUUCAUUCUGUUUUGCAUGUCAGUUAGCAUUAUGUAAACAUUUAUGAUUAGGUUACAUUGUUUUAAGAACUUGUAGCAUAAGUGAAGCAUGAUCCAAAAUACUUGAUUAUUGCAUUUCAGAACAUAAACCUCCAUUACACCUGCUACUGGCAUUAGCAGUGGAGCUCACAUGCUAAGUAAACAUCAAGGUGUAAGUUGCACAUACGCAUUGAAGGGAAAACAUUUUGGGAGGGUGCAUAGCUCAAUAUAAUGCCAAGCAUGAUGGCAGGUUUAUGCUCUGAAUCACUCAAAAAUGUUACAGAAGCAUUUUUUUAAACAGUCCAUUUAGAUUGUUUUUAGAAUUAUUGCUUUCUGUCCUAAUUUUCCACAGCCAUUAAUCUCACUUGUACAUGGCUCACCCGACACUCAUGUUUGAGUGCCAUGGUAGACGUUCAACUCCAGAGCUCAAUAUCAUAUAUAAAUAUAUAUCUAUAAAUAUAUACAGAUGUCUGUGCAAGUAAGAAAAAAGCAUAUUCUUUGUGCCUUGUAUUUUGGGAAACUCUAAAACUGGUAAUAUUUUGUAUGAUGAAAACCCUUAACGAGGAAAAAAUUAAGAUAUAUAGAUGGAAAACUUAUGGGGUUUAACUGUUUUUUUUUUUUGUUCCAAACUUUUUCAGAUUUUUUGAAUGUAUAUAGGACUAUGUUGAAAUGUAGAUAUAUGCCACAGAGUCUUUGUAUUGUAUAUAUAAAAAAAAAAACCAACAACAAAAAAAAAAAGAUGGCUCUAGAAAACUCCUAUUUCGGUACUUGACCGGAAGAAGACAAAUACUUGCACAUUAUUGCGAUUGUUUUAUUUUUUUGUACCAAAGACAAAUGCAACUGAUAUGGCAAACUGCCAGUCUAAGUAAAGUUUUGCACAGCUUACAUGAUACUGUAUGAAUGUAUGAAAAAAGGAGCAAAACCUAAAAGGUCAGGGUUGGGAUCUUACUGAACUGUGAAUCUUACUUCUGUUUGGGUCCAAUUAUCUAUAGAAGGAGCAUCCGUACAUACAGAUAUAUUAUUUUGCUGUUCCUCUAGUUGCUUCCAUAAUAGGUAAGUUGGUAGCCAUUUAGUUGUCUGUAAGUCUUUUUAUUUCUGCACUUAACUGUAGGAAAUUUUAAUAUAUUUCAUUUUAUUAAGCUAUUGAUAAAGUUUUUGACUUUGAAGAUGACAAAGUUUAUUUAGCUUAUUGUAGUAUACUUCCACCAAACAACCAAAAUACAGAUUAUUUUUAUUGUAUUGUGUGUAUAUAUAUAUAUAUCUGUAAAGAGAGGAAAAAAAAGCUAAAACUAUCUAAUUCUUUAGUUGCCACUUUUCCAAUCGAUGUAUUACUGUGCAUGUAAUAUUUUCAAAGAUCAACACAAGCUUACAACAGAAACAGAAAACUUUAUAGAUUUUUAUAUUUUUGUACAGGUAUUUUCAAACUAGCUUCUUCAAACUUACAUGUGACUUAUUCUUCUAUAGUUUCUAGAACUGGGAGACAUUGACACAUUUUUAGUUUUUAGGUGCUCUUUUUUGGCUCACAUCGAACAGCUUCUGUAGUCCAUGUAGCCAUGUUCGAGCUUUACCUCUUGAUGAGAAUUCCUUCUGUCCAGGCAGCAUUAUAAACCUACCCCACAGAUCUUUCCAUCUGUUCCUUCAGUUUACUCUCAAAUCUUUUUGUUUGCUCCGAAACCUAGUGGUUUCCAACCUGUACUUAAAAGAGAGGGGGAAAAAGUAUCACACACACACACACACACACACACACACACAGAAACAGCAAGAAAACCAAAAAAUUUCAGACCUAACCACUGGGAAAACACCUAUCUCUCCAUUACCUGAUGGUAGAAUUUACUGUCUUCAUUUUCCUUUCUUCCUCCUCCCGCUCCCUUCUUUCUCUCCAUUUGUAAGCGACAGCACAUGAAGUUACAUAGCACAUGAAGGUUCAGUUCUAGAACACACAAUAACAACCCAACAGGCCCUCUAGCUUCUUUGAUAUCUGGAGAUAAAAACUGAGGAGGAUUGGUUUGACAUGAUAGCUGAACUAUAUAACCCUCAAGAUUGUCCUCCAUGUUUAGUGGCAAUGCGCCCGCUCGUGCGUUCACAUUGAACGGAUGAGAAGGGCAAAUCUCAGUGGCUGACCAGUUCAAGUUCAUCAGCUCACUGUUUUCCUUUCUAGAUGUAAAAAAGGACAAAGUACAGGAAAAGCUGGUGAGGUUUCCACAGCGUGUGUAUCUGGGAAAUGGGAAAGUGUUCCAAAAUGUGACAGUUUUGCAGUCAGCUGAAAAUCACUUCGUGAUACAGACAUUCAGCUGACGAGGUUUAUAAAAUUGCCCCCUUUCUAGCUGCUCUGUUAGAAAUUCUGGUUUUUUGAUACUUUUUUCUUGUCUGCAAACCAGAAUUUGAUUUUUUGGUCUUGCAUUUCAAAAACAAAAAACAAAACAAAAAAAAAAAAAGACUUUGAAUCUGUUUAGUAGAUUCCAUAGCCUUGCAUUUCAGUGUUUUUAUAUGUAUGACUUAAGUUAAAUAGUUCAAAGCUUUUAAAUAGUUGAGCUUUUUAAUGUUGACACUUUAUUUUGUACCUAUUUAUAUAUGUAUGUAUAUCUUAGAAAAGCACUUUGUUUAAAAAAAAUUUGCAUUUUAUAUGAUUCCUGCCAUUUGCUGCUAACUCUGGGCUGGUCAGAAUGCUACACUGAUACUUGAUCUAAAUAAAAACCUGGCAGUAAAAUGUAGAGUGGAAGGUGAAUGCUCUUGUGAUCUUAACUUUAUCUUCAAGAUGACCCAAGCAAGCUGUGCAGCUUUACAUUUUAACCAGGGGACUCUGUGGCAUUUAAAACCGUCUAGAAAUGGUUGUAUUUUAAUGCCAGUAAUAAUCUUGCUUCCUCUAUUGUCAUUAAGAUAUGUAUGUUUCAUGUAUUUCACACCCACACACACACACACACAUACAUCUUCUACGGUAAUGUAAAAACCCCAACAGUUGUACAUGUUCUGUUUUUUUUUUUUUGAAAACCGUAGCAUGUAUUUUUGGGUGAUGAUCAAUAGAGAAGAACUCUCUAAAGGGUGUCUUGUGUUCAUACAUGGUAUCCAGGAUCGCUCAUAGUGAAGUCCAGAACCUUGUGAAAUUCACCUCAAACAAACCCAUUGUUCCAAAAGGCAAUGAUACACUUUGGAUUCUAGUACUACUACUACUACUAUGAUUAAAGAGAAAAAAAAAGCAACAAAAAACUUUUCUUCCUAGUUUCAGAUACACUGGAUUUUUUUUUUUUUGUAGAGUUUGUCUCCCUAUGAAAGCAUGCUGUCCAGUUGCUCAAUCUUGUCCAGAUCUUGUCUGGUUACCAAUCGGGCGCCACACGUGCUCAGUCCGACAUGAAUGCUUGUCCUACUGUACCAUGUAUGAUCUCUGUCCCUUCCUGCGACCUUCACGACUGACGAUGACCUGGCUUGAUAUUGUGCCUUACUUGUACAUUUGAAACUAAACACGUCAUUCCCUUCCAUGUCCCUUUCGGUGAGAGAAUCUGAGCUACCACAAAUGCUUCACGAAGGGUUUUCCCGCAGUGAGAUUUCACAUUCCCUCUCUUUGUAGUUCUUUUAUACUUGUAUGAAAGGCCAGGUUUUUUUUUUUUUUUUUGAAUGGUCUUUGAUCUGAAGUGGGGGAAAGAUUCAGUCAUUUCACUCCGUCCCUUCUCUUCUGCCUUUCAUGAAUUUGUUCUACAUCUUUCCGAUGGCUUGACUUGAUUUGCUUCUUAGCAAUAUGUCUACAAGUUCAAGAAAGGUGUGUUCGAUUCAUCUGCUUGAAAUCGACUACUUCCUUUUCCAUAACUUUUUAGGAGAAGAGUGCCCAUUUUUUUUGUUGGUUUUAUACAACAGAUGACAAGUCUCUUUCAAAGAAAAAGAAGUAUAGUACUUUUGAAAUACAAUGCUGUUAGUAUGAAUUUCUUUUAUAUAUAUAUAUAUAUAAUAUUCAGACAAUUAUCUGAUGUUUGCCUUCAUUAAUAAAGCUGUUAGUUUAUUCACCAAUAAUGUCCAGCAUGGAUGUGAUUUUCUUUACUUCCAUACGUUUAAAAAAAAAAAAGCAUACUUUUUUUUUUUUUAGCUGCUAAGAUUUAGUUCCUCAGAAACGGAUUCAAGUUGCCUUCAGCAGAAAUUAACAAAAAGAAAAACCUUGUGUUCCUUUCCUUUCUAGAGUCUUCCUAAAAACUCUUGUCUCAAGUGUUUUCUAGUUCAGUACCUACCAACGUUAGCAUCUCUCCAAGUCUUGAAACUUGAAUUUCGAGAACACAUUGAAUGAAUGCUUUCAGUGUGAUUCGUUCUAUGAAGUCUGUGGUAGAACGGAAGCCGCUUCUGCUACUUUGCACAGAACCGCACAUUUAUUCUUCCCUUAAUCGUGACUGACACGUCUCCUCCAGUGCCGUACCACUUGUGGAUUCUUUUGUCACCUUCGUAAUCUUCAGCAGGGCAUUAUGAGAAGAUGACUUCGUGUUGUUGUUGUUGUUGUUUUAAUAUUUCAAACGCAUCUGGAUGCAUCCGUGACUGUCCACUGGUGUAGGAAUGGUGGUUUCGUAGUGCGAAACAACUAAUUUAGCCCCUGCUUGGAGAAAGAUGGCGAAAUGUACUACUGAGAAUUUCCACGCUUCCCCCCUGACAAGCAGGAUUAUGUGUUGAAGCAUAGUCUUCCUGCUUAACAAACAGACUGAAAUGGUAGCAACGACACCUAGAAUCCAAACUAUGCCAAACUGUUCUCUCUUUUUUUGUUACUGUGGAGAAACAAGAAAGUACAGAGGUGGGCUGAGGGGUUGGAACCUUGUUAAGCACUUCCAAAGGGGUGUUUGGACAUGGUGGCUGAGCCGAGAGCAUUGUGGGUAUUUCCAUGUGCCAAGUUUGGGUGAACUUAGCUUUGCCUCUGUCGUUCACACACAGUGGUGUAGUCGAGUCCAUUCUGGGUGCCCAGGAAUACUGGAGCUUGCCUUUUCACCCUUUCUUUCUUUUUGCAGAACCAAAUAACAGAAAUAAUGUAUUGUGUACUGUAACUGCCUUUCCACCACGUGUUUUUAUGACAUUGUAUUACACUGCUGGCUUUUAUUAUUGUUAUUAUUAUUAUUUUAACCCUCUCUCCCCAGGAUCUGUCCUGUCGCCUAGCCUCUGUGUGCGAAGCAACAGGACAGAAGCCACGAGAGAAGAGUUAGAAGGGCAAGAAUUGAAAGCAUUUGUUCCGACAACGUGGCGAUCUUGGCAUAGUUGCUUAGGGUUCUAUUUGUAAUGCUAUCAUCGACAUUCUGUAGUUGCGGUUAACCUCUUUCCCCUUCCCUUCCCAACUGGAGUUAUGCCCCCCCUUUUUUUUUUUUAUCAGAUUCAGUUUUGUCUCUUUGUCUAGAAAGAAUUUUCUCUCGUUGGCGCAUGAGCUGUUUUUAAAAAAAAAAAAAUGACUCAAAUGUUGGUUCAUAGUUGUGCCGGGUUCUUGUUGUUGUUGUUUGUUUAUAUGUAUGUUUGGUUUUGGGUUUUGUUGUUUUUUUCAUUUUUCAGAAGAAAAGGCAAUUCAAUGCACAAAGUUGCCUUGGGUCUCUGUCAUCCAUAACCCGGAAGCACUUCUAGUCAGAUGCAGAUUUCAUCGGUGUAUGCAACAUCCUUUGUAAUUUAAAAUAAAAAAAAAAAAGAUGAAAAGGUU